CGCUCUUUUGCGAUGGAAAACAACGAAGCGUUCUUUUGACAAUAACAAACAUGGCGCAAGGCAAGUUUAAAGCUCCAAAACAGCAUGUUCCAGGCAAAAAGAAAGACAAAAAAGCGUCGAAACAGAAAUUUGGAUUGAAGAAAGGAAGUUUAAAUAUUGCACCGAAAAAGAAAAGGUUGCAGGAAGCUGCAAGUGUGAAAAAGGGUCUAGAGAAGGGUAUCCGUGUGUGCAUCGAGGAGGAGCUCACCCAGAAGACGCGCUCCCUGGAGCCAAAGGCGCUGGCCAUGUUGAAGACAACAGCCUCCACCUCCAAAAAGUAGCAGGACUAUCGUCAUUGUUAUUGCUAAUAAAACAUGUAAAUAAAUUCAUACAUGCU